CACCACGCACUGAGGGUGAGACGUCACCACGCACGGUACGUACUGACGGUUUAAUGGACAGGACGCGGAAGAGCGCCGUGUUCCGUCCCCGCGUCUCGGGCUGACUUCAGGCCGGUGAGAGGAGCUGCCUGUCCGGUCACCUUGUCUCCGGAGUCCCGCUGGGAGCCAUGGCGGGUGUGUGGGCUCCGGCUGAUGAAGACUGGCAGGACUUUAACGAGUUCACCGCGGCAUCAGAAGCCACACCGCAGCCUGGGGAUCCGGGGCCUGAGCGGGACUUGGACACGGAGGGCGCUAUGACCCGGGGGAACACGAGCUGGGCGUCCGGGCAGGACCUGUGUGUCACUAAUAAACACACGGUUAUUAAACCUAUUACUGAGGAGCACUUACUGAGGGAGGACGAAAUAUGGAAUGCUCUGACAGAUAACUAUGGGAAUGUGAUGCCUGUGGACUGGAAGACGUCUCACACUCGUUCUCUCCAUCUUCCAUCUCUCAAUCUUGUCCAGCAAGCGGAGGAAAGUGUGAAUCUCGACCUGUCUGAUGAUGAGGAGCUCCGGGAGCAAAUGGACCUUCACUCCAUUAUUGUGUCCUGUGUUAAUGAGGAACCACUGUUUACUGCAGAACAGGUAAUCUCAGAGAUUGAGGAGAUGAUGCAGGAGACUCCAGAUACAGAUGUGGAUCAGUGUGUUUCUCUGCCAGAUCUGUCCAUCCUGUCCCAGGAGCUACACACACUCAGACACUCCUCAUCCACCAGCAGCUAUGAAGAGCGUCUCUAUGGAAUGAAGGUAUGUGAGCUGGAAGCACUGCUGGACGAGGUGGAGAAGAAGAUCAGGGUGUUCUCUGAGGAACUGAUCGAACAGCUGGCUCUGCGUGAUGAACUGGACUUUGAGAAGGAAGUAAAGAACACUUUCAUCUCUCUGCUCAUUGAUGUACAGAACAGGCAGAAGGAGGUGGUGAAGAAGAGGAGGAAGGGCAGGAGCAUGGCUGGGACACCCAGGGGGGGGCCGACACAUGCACCUGGGACUUAUUUAACUACAGUUAUACCCUAUGAACAGAGAAGCGGUGCUCCAUCAGUUGAAGACCUUCAGAUCCUCACCAAGAUUUUACAUGCCAUGAGGGAUGACAGUGAAAAGGUUCCCAGCUUGCUGACUGAUUACAUCCUGAAAGUCCUGUGUCCUACAUAAACGGAUGAACAGAUCCAGAUGAAACAUGAGAUGAUGUUGUUCUUCCACCAGUAGCCAGAUUUUAUAAAGAAUCCUGAGCCCUUUUCACCGUGCCAGCAGGUCCUCGGGUAUGAUCUCUUGGGGCUUGUGCAUCUCACAGCACUUCACUGGUGGAGGUUCCUCCAAGACGGAGCAGAAGCCCAGUCUGAAGUCUCCACCGUCUCCAUCUCAAACAAUCCACCUGUUUCUCUCCUGCACCAGAAACAUCACUUAGCUUGUGAGAUUUACUGCUAAACACUAAACUCAUGACCUGCUGGGUUUCUGUCCCAGAUCACAGAGCUGUUACACUUGUGAUGAAGCUGAAACGUGCCAACACUAAAUCCACAUGGGCAUUAGGUCUAUUAUCAUGUUUUUUUUUUCUCCUUCAGUGUCUGGAUCUCCGUGUUGUUAGAAGAACUUCUAUUUUCUGAUGCAGUCGUGUUUAAUUACAAAAUGUGAAGAUGAUGAUGAUGAAAUAUUUUGUCCGAUCUCGCGUUCAGCGGCUAGUCGCACCGUGACGUUUAGAACAUAAACACGUGACCUUCAAGAACUUUAUUAAUUCAUCAUUAAAAUGAAAUGACACCAGGUUCGUUAGUGAAGAUGAUUAGCUAGCUCGCGUUGUAUUGAGAUGCUAACAUGGUGCACAGACUGGAGCUCCGUAACAUGGAGCUGCUCGUCCAGGUGCUCCACCCGAGUGCUCCACCAGAAGGUUUUGCUGUAAGACAUCUCGGCGCGGUGUGACUGGCUGCAGACGUUUCAGGAAACUAUUUUUUAUUCAUUAAUAAGUGAAAUUUGAUAGAUUUGUAGUUUUGAUAACGAAAAAUGAAACAAAAAAAAUGAAGGGUGGAGUUUAGGACCUUCUCGUGUGUCGCUAAAGCUGGUGUUGGGUUCAUUACAGAACACGUACACUGCAGCGUUACUCUAAACAUCUCCUCACUCCUCACAACCCCUCCACCGGUCUUCACGAGUCUACAGAGAAGCUACAACAUUUCUUCAGUUUAAUCUGGAAGAACUCUUAAAGGUUCUUCAUCAUAAACACAACCCUUUUAAUGACCCGAUAAACCCCUAAAGACGCUCUGAAGGACGUCUCGUACGUGUUUAUAGAGUUCGAGCUUCUUCAAGCUUCAUCUCUCGUCAGAUAUCCGAGUCGUUGGAUGUAACUCAAGCAGGUUCUAGAGUCUGAGAUGAAAAUGAGAAGCAAUAAUUUUGUUUGUACCAAAACGCACACAACAAACAGGUUCUUCAGGUUCUUUUGGGUUUAAGGGCCCUUUGAUGGUUCUAGACUUACAUCCAACACAUUCACUUAUCUGAGGAAAGAUUUACUCAAGACUCAAGCUGAUGGUACAAAAAGGUUCUUCAGAGGUUCUUUACCAGUUCCUCGCUUCUGAUAAUGAAAUGGGGUUUUUUUUCUUUUAUGAAGAACCUUUGAGGGUUUCUCCCGCUUCAGGAUGUUGUAGUUUAGUUGUUAAGGCUUUGGACCACUGAUCAGAAGGUUGUGAGUUCGAAUCCUAGGUCCACCAAGCUGCGACUGCUGGGCUCUAAAUCUCAAUUGCUCAGUUUCAUAAAAGUGUAAGUUGCUGUAAAUAAAGCAGUCUGACCAAGGCUCUACAUGUGGAUCUAACUGAGGAACCAUCCAGUUGUUGUUAGUUUAACAUCAGAACAAUACAGUAAUAACAGAAGGUUGUGAGUUCAGUGCAGGUCAACAGACAUCAGUGUGAAAGUUACGUCACAGAACCAAAGAUGGACUUUUAUUUCCAGGAGACUCACAGAUGUAGUUUUUGUUAGCUAGCAUUAGCAUUUAGCAUCAGCCGUGCUGCUUGUGAUCGGCGUGUUUUGUUUUAGCAUGUUGUAUUUAACGGUCUGUUUAAAGGGUGUUUGAUCCGAACAGGUACAUGAACAUGAUGGAAACUAACAACCUACAUGUUGUCUUCUUCUCGGAAUGUGAAUGUGGUGCAGCGUCAAGGACACUUUUAUUGGCUGAAAUCACAAAACAUGGAGCUAAAAAUAACCACAAUCACCUGAUGGAUAAUAGCUCAAUAAACUACAGGAGUAAACGUGGCUAACAGGUUAGCAUCGGAGUAGCAGGGUUUGCUAGUUUUGUAGCUAAGCUCGGUCACUGAUGCUAAUGACGUCCUGGACGCUUCAUGCACUUAUUUAUUCUUUAGCGCUAAAGAGAUUUAGGACAAAAAAGGGAACGAUCUAAAUAUCCCAUGAUGCUUUGCGAGCCCUUGCUGAUUGUUUGCAUGUUAGCUUGUAUAAUAAGCAAUAAUUUAUACAUAUUUCACAUUCGAAUGAUGCUAAUGAACAUGGUUACAGUUUUACUUCCACAACACCCAGGUUUACUUAGCUAGCGCUGCCUGUAUUAACAUUAGUGUUGGUUAAACCGCUGCAUGGCGUAAACGCGGUGUUUAACAUGCGCCACAUCCAGGAGACCUCGUGAGGAUGUGACUGAGGAGCGGCGGAAACAUCCGGAACGCUGAGCUCAUCUUCAUCUCCUCAGAUUCAGAGAUUUUAUAUUUAUAUACAAAUAAAAAUAAGAAGCAGGAAACUGUUUUUUUUGUAACUGCCUGAUAUUUUAUACAUGGAGUUAUUUCUACAGCAGCUUUUUACCUCAUAAUGAUUCGUGUCUUUAGUUUUAUAACCAGCUCAUGCUCUGUAACUGUACAUACGCUUUUAUGCCUCAUGAUUCAUUUGGAAUAAACGCUAAAGUGCUAAAAAA